AUGGCCGCCACCACCACCAAAUACUUGCGAUCAGCUACCGUACGCGUCUUCCUUGUCGAAGAUGGCGAGCCCAAAUUCGUCGCAGAGGUCAACCGCGCGAAGCUCGAGAAGCACUCCCUUGCCUUCCGGACCUUCCUCACAGAGGCCGAAGUCCCCGACGAGAACAACAGACGCAUCGACCUGCCAGAAGGCUUUGCUGCCCCCGCCGCCCUCCGAAUCGUCCUCCGGGCGAUUCACCGUUUCGACCCGGCCCGCGACCAGCAUGUGAUUCGGCUCGUGAGUGCCAUCGAGACCGGCGAGCGCUGCCUUGUGUGGCAUGCUGCUCGGAAGCUGUACCUUGAGCCGCCAGAAGCCGAGCUCUACCUGCGCAACAAUAUCGCGUACAAGAUCAGUCACGAGAAGGUGACCCCUUUCUCGAUGACCAAGAUCCACGAGGUGUUUAGGCCACACCACCCCACCUUCACGCCAUACGGCACUAUGGUGCACCAGUACGUCUGGGACCUCCUCAGAGGCAACUACGCCUCUCCCGAGAUCGUCGAGGACCUCGACCGCACCGUCGAUCUGCUCCCUGGCCUGCGGAAAGACGUGGAGGAGAAGCUGGCGAUCGAGAAGCCCAAGUACGAGAAGUACUUGCAACACCAGAGAAUCAACGAGGCCAGGCGAGCCAAGGCAACGGAGAGCGGGCAGGAGGAGACUGUCGUAUGCUGGGCGGGAAAGGAGAGGAGGUUUAGAGGAGAUAAGGAGAAAAUGCCACCAAGCGGCUGGGAUGAUUUGCCGCAGACGCCAUCAAUGAUCCUCCACAAUGUUCUUCAGUCCUCUAUUAGCCCUCUCUCCUUCCCAGUCUUCGAUGUUGUCAUCCUCCGCACACUUCCCUCUUGCCUUCCUCACAAUGAUGUUUCAGCUGACAGCUCUGCAGCUGAGUUGGUCUCUACGCCCAUUAUACGAGGUUUGGCCAGUGAUCUGUUUUGGGGUCCAAAAUCAGCUUCCAUCUAUAUCCCAGCUGGAGCAUGCUACAUCAAUACUAAGCUGAGAGCCAUUAAAGCUUCCGGGGGGCAAAAUCAGCUUGUUUUCCCUCCGAGGACGUGGAGUCAGCUGCUUACGUCCCAGCUGAGAGACAGUCCAAGCUGUCAAAGUUUCUCUUACUUCCUUCCAAGAACGUGGACUAAGCUGGCCAUAUACCAGCUGAAUCAUGCUACAACAAAGCUAAUCCAAGAGACAUCCGAUUCGAGGUCGAAAUACAGCUUGCUUCGUCUCGAAAGCGAGGACCAAGCUAGCUAUAUACCAGCUGAGCCAUGCUACAAUAAUCCUACAACCACACCGCGUAGUCCGAUUUGA